AUGGCGGCUGCCGCGGUGCCGGGGCCGCCCGCGCCCGCCCUGCCCGGAGGCGUGGCGCCCCUGCCGGCGGCCGCGGAUGCUGCGGUGGAGGCGCCGGCGGCCGGCGGCGCUGCGCCCAUGGAGGGCGUCUCCGGGCACGGCGUGGACGGCUCGCAGGGUCCGCGCGAGUUUUCGGCCCUGAAGGUGAGCUUCUACGAGCUGCUCAUCAGGCAGCUGCAGGACGACGGCUUCGUCGGGGAGGCCCAGAGCCUCUCCGAACGCCUGCGCCUGCAGCCCAACGAGCAGGUGGAGAAGGACGCGCUGCUGGAAGGCUACGGCAAGAGUCUGAAGUGGGCGUUCGGCGACGAGCCGCGUGGCGAAUGGAAACCUGUUUUCUGCUCUCCAGUCCCGCCGCUGGGACCCCAAGAGUCUCACCUGGACCUCGACGCGGCGGCGGCGGCGAAAAGCGCCAGCCCUGGUGCAGGCACGGAGGGCACCAGCGGCGCCUCCGCACAGACCAGCAGGGCGACGGCUGCGGCCACGGGGAUGCAGGAGCAGCAGGUGCCAGGCUCGGGCGUGCAGAAGCCUCCCGAGAUCAGGCUGCUGUACACCUGCCAGCACAAGCAGGCGUGCCGUUCAGUGGCCAUCUCCAGCGACGGCCGCUUCUGCGCUACGGGCUGCCUCGACGGUAGCAUCAAGAUAUUGGACUCAGCUCGCAUGAAGGCAUGCUCUGCCGCCACGGACGGGCCUCUUGGCCGGAUGCGCAUCACCGAGGAAGAGCUGAUGAAGCCUGUCACGCGUACUCUACAGGACCAUUUGGGGAGCAUCACGUGCCUGGCCUUCCACCCCAUAAACCCGACCCUCUUUUCGGGUUCGAAGGAUAGGGCUGUCAAGAUCUUUGACCUCACCCGUCCCCCAGGUCACAAGAAGGCCUUCUCCGUCCUACAAGAUGUGCACCCCGUGCGCUGCCUGUCCAUCCAUCCCUGCGGGGACUUCUUGUUUGUAGGGACGAACCAUCAGGCGGUACGCUUGUACGACUUGCAAACGCUCAGCUGCUUCACUAGCUUCUACCAGGAACACCACCACGGUGGAGCUAUCAACGACCUGCGGUGCACCAGCGACGGCAGGGUCUUUGCAAGCGCCUCGAGCGACGGCUCUAUUCACCUGUGGGAUGCGGUCACGCACAGAGUCAUCAACCGGCUGCCUAACGCCCAUGGUGGUCUCUCUGUGACUUCGCUGAGAUGGAGCCGCAACAUGAGGUAUCUGCUCAGCUCUGGCUCUGACGGCAGGCAUAGGCUGUGGGACGUACGCCAGGGACAGGAGGUGUUUUGCAUGGGCUUCGGGCCUCGCGCGUGCGAGUUCAGCACGGCCGUUUUUGCGGCUGGCGAGCGGUACGUGGCCAGUGCCAGCAGCAACACGCGGGCUGGGGAUGUGAGCCUCUUCGACGCGCAGACGGGAUCUCCAGUCUUCAUGAAGCUGGGCAUCCACCUGCUCCCCGUGCAGGCGCUUGAGGCCUCACCAGUGGACAAGACGCUUAUGACAGGAUGCGAUGACGACAAAGCGCGCUUCUUUUCCAUCGAGGACCGCGUGGACGCCGCCGAGGAGGCGGGCCGUGCCGCCCUGAGCGAGGAGGCGCGCUCCAGCUUCCCCCCGCCAGUCACGCCGGACUGCGUGCCUGACUUCAGGUGGGCGAUGGACGUGCGGAAGCCUCCCGAGGGGGGCCUGGAGGUGGUCGAGGUCGAGGUCCCCUCCGGCUUCGUGGAGCUGCACCUCAGCUGGCUGCUCGACGAGACCGCCCUGGCCGGGCGCCACGGGGCGGAGCUGCGGCAGUGCCCUGGACUGUUCAUGCUCACGCCCGCCAUCUUGCCUCAAGCGGCCCACCCCCUCCGCGGGGUGCCCUCGCCGCCGGCCGGCACCGGGCCCGCGGUGCCCGAGUGGCCUCGGCCGUGGAGCCCGAUGGCCCGAGGCCGCGGCAGCCUGGACGAGCUGCUGGCGUCGGCGGAGGAGCCGUUCACGCCGCGGGACCCGGCCGCCAUCGGCUUCCAGGUGUGCGCCAGCGAGUCGCUGGAGGCCGCCGCGGCCCACGCGCCCAGCUCCUCGCGCAUGCUGCGGGUGGAGGUCCACGGCCUGCUGCACGACUGGUUCGACGUCGAGGCGAUGGGCGGCAUGAUCCGCUCGGGCGCCUUCGUGAGCACCCUGCGAGAGAACGUGGCCCGGUACUUCGGCGUCCCCGUGGAGAGGCAGGCGAUCUACGACGAGGACGGCCUGCUGACCACGGGCGCGGACUUCAGCCGAGCGCUGCAGCGCGUGGACCCGAAGCUGUACGUCUACGACGUGCACCAGAUGGAGGCCGACCUCAGGAAGCGCACGGUCGAGGAACUGGAGAUGAUCGACGCCGAGGUGGGGCAGACUUGGUGCCACUUCGGCGCGCGGGGCCCCAGGAGCCACCUCCAGCCGGCAGGCGCCAAGCCAGAGAGCGGCGGCGCCAAGGGCCUGCCGCCCGAGGGCUCCGCGGCCAGCGACGGCGGCCUCUCCGCCUCGGGCAGCUUCCUGGAGGGCGGCAGCGGCGGUACCGGCUGGAGGCCCGGCCGGUGCGCGGAGGGCGCUCCCGCGCCGUCUGGGGCCUCCCCGCGAGGCCAGGCCUUGGCCGGAGAUCUCGACGGGGGCCGCCGCGACCUCCGCGGCGACUUUGACGAGCUCGUGCACGGGUCCCCCGACCUGGGUGGCACCAGCUUCGUCAUGAGGAGGGCCGGGUCGUGCUGCACCUCCCCGGUGCCGGCGGCGGCCUGGACCUCGUGCUCGACAGCGGCGGGGACCAGCGGGAGAAGGGCUGAGCCCGUCGGCCGCGACCUGGCCUGGGAUUCCGCCGAGGGCCUGUCGUGGCCCAGGCUGGCGCUCUCUGGGAGCAGCAGCCCCGCCAAGGCGGCCGCCGUGUCCGAGCCGGCGUCGCAGAACCCCUCGCAGCCGCCCACGCCGAUCGAGCGGACUUUCCCGCCCUCCAGCCGCCUGGUCACGCCCGCGUCGGCCCCCGUCGGCCCCGGGAGCGCUCCCGCGCCCCGUGUUGCCGCUGGCGCGCCCGCUGGCGGCGGCCCCUCGCGGCGGCGGCCCUCCGUGGGCGAAGCGCAAGCCAGCGGACCCUCCACGCCGCUGGCGCCAGGGCGCUCGCCGGGAGGAGCCUCCCGCGGCACGCCCCCGCUGCUGGUGGGGAGCGCUCGCGGGCAGCCGCGGGCGGCGCCCGCGGAGUCCGCGCGCACUGAGGAGCGCCCCGCGGCCGCCUCGGCCUCCGCCAGCAGGCCUGCCCGCCACGUGUCCCCGCGGCCGCCAGCCCGAGGCAUCGGCACAACCGCCACCACCGCGGCGCCGCGGCUGUACUGCCAGACGCCCGCUGGCCGCGCGGCCGCGGCGGCUGGCUCCCGGGCCUCCGCGGCCGCCGCGCCGCCGACGUUGGGCGGGUGGCCCCCAGCGCAGGUGGCAGUGCUGUCCGCGGUGGGAUACCCGCCGCACGUCGUGGACAGGCGCGCCGCCGCCGCGGCGCCCGCCGCGGCCCACGCACAGCUGCUGCUGCCCACCGCGCGCGGCACGCCGCGGGUGUCGGCGGCGGCGGAGUGGGCGGUCACGCCGGUGCGGCGGUCAACCACUCCGCUGCAGUCGACAACACCCCCGCUGCGCCACUGCGCGGUGCCCCCCGCCGCCUCCGUCGCGCAGGAGACGCCGAGGUACACGACGCCCCGGGCUCACCCCGUGAGCGGUAGGGCGGCGUGGGCGCUGGGCACCCCCCCGCAGCUUGCUGCGCGGACGGUCUGCACGCCAUCGGCGAGCGCCUUGGCGGCCGCCGCCGCCGUCGCCGCGGCCGUGCCGGGCGCCUUCCCGCUCGUGGGCGGCGGUGCCGCCGCCACGGCUGGCGCCCGGCAGGCCCGCGGUUGUGCGGCGAUCGGGCCGGACGCGGCGCGCGCGAGCCUGUGCCGGUGGUCGCGGGCGUACGGCUGA